AUGGCUUUUAAGAAUCAGAAAGCCCUGACCGGGGUUAAAAUCGGGUUAGAAGUGCUGUAUAUAUUGUCUAUUAUCGGGUGUGUGUUUAUCAUCGUGGUCUUAAGCUUAGGAUUAACGCAAAAGGAGCAAAAAGUUGACAAUCAUACUUUGACUGUAGGACUGAUAGCCGGAGUGUUUGGUCUGUUAAUAUCGGUCGUGGGUCUGGUGGGUAUCAUCAAAGAGAUCAAAUGGAUUGUAACAACUCUACUGGUGCUGCAAAUCAUAGGAUUUACCAUGAACCUCACCACUGGUGAGGUACGCUCUGGCCUGUACGGUAUUGUUACUUCCAUACUGACCGGGGUAUUCCUAUGCCUUAUCAUAGAGAAGCAAAAUGAGGGACUGGAGGUCCCGAACACUAAUAAGGUGUAAACGUAUGAAAUAGUCGUGUAUUUAAUAAAUCAAUGAAUUUGAUUACAAAUUCAUUUAAGUGCUAAUAUUUU